AUGCAUCUUUCUUCUUUUCUCACCGUGUCAUCUCUUGCUGUCGGCUCUCUUGCAUGGCCAAGAUAUGCUGUAGAUAAUGAUGGCUUGACUGUACAAACAUCCUCCGGUCUUAUUCAUGGGAUCAAGGACUCGCAGUACCCGAAUGUCCGCCAAUUCUUGGGUAUACCAUUUGCACAGCCGCCUACUGGCGCACUUCGUUUCGAGCCUCCUCAACCACUGCCGGUAUCCGCCUCGAAGAAAGUGGUCAACAACACCAAACUCCCUCCAAGCUGCAUGCAGUAUCUGAACACAGAAAGUCCCGGUGUUUACCUAAAUCAAAUCAAUGAAUUUGGCUUGCAGGGCAAGAAUGGCACUGGCGAUAUCAGCGAAGAUUGCUUGACGCUUAGUAUUUGGACACCUACCAGUAACAACUCAUGUCAGAGCAAUGGCCUCCUUCCGGUUGAGAUCUGGAUAUACGGUGGUGGCUUUUCAACCGGAGGACAAGAUGUGCCUUACCAAAUUCCUAUCCAGUGGGUGCAAAGAGCGCAAGACCACCUCGUAGUGUCUCUCAACUAUCGUGUCAACAUCUUUGGCUUCCCUAACGCUGCCGGCCUGAGCGAUCAGAACGUCGGCCUACUCGAUCAGAGAGCAGCAGUCGAAUGGGUUCGCGACAACAUCGUUAGAUUUGGAGGUGACCCUUCACGUAUGCUUCUCUGGGGUCAAUCUGCUGGUUCGAUUAGCGUGGAUUACUACAAUUAUGCUUACCCCAAAGAUCCUAUCGUAUCUGGCUUUAGCAUGGACUCCGGUACAGCCUUCUCGGUCAUCCAGUCUGUCGACACUCAGCAUUCAAACUUCACCUUCGUCGCCUCUCAGCUGGGCUGCGCCAACUCCUCUUCGCCUGCAGAAGAGUUGACCUGUGUCCGCAAGCUGCCUGCUUCGACAAUCGAAGACUUUGUCAAGAGCUAUCAGAUCAACGGCACUGCACCCUCUAUCAGUUUCCUCCCCAUUGCAGACAACAAGACUGUAUUCAGCAACUACACAGAACGGGCGCUUGCAGGUCUCCAAGCCAAUCUCCCCGCUAUAAUCGGCACAAACGCCCAAGACGGUGUGCCUUUUGCUCCUUACAGUCCCAAUGGGCCAAACGCCACCCUCGCACAGCUAGCACUGCUGACAACAUUCUUCUGUCCCGCCACUGAAUCCAUCCGCUUGCGUCAACAGACCAAUCUUCCAACCUACCGCUACGUCUACAGUGGCAAUUUCUCAAACAUUGCCCCUUCUGGCUGGUUGGGUGCUUAUCACUCCUCUGAACUGCCAAUGCUUUUCGGCACUUAUGACAACUUUAGAGGUGUGGGACCGGCUUUGGAAGGAGAGACUAGUCGUGCUAUGCAAGAUGCUUGGGUAGCUUUCACAAGUGGAGGCAUGAGUGGUAUUGAGAGUUCUGGGUGGCAGGAGUAUGAGAUGCUUGGUGAGAGUACGGUAAGGGACUUUGGCGAUGGUGUGGCGGUCAAGGAUACGGAUUUGAAGUAUCUGGAGAAUCUUUGUGAUGGCUCGCAGCCGAACUACAGCGCUUGA